UCUCACUUUCUUUUGUACCUGCUUCAUAGAUAGGAGCUUUUUAGUUGUACGGAGUGAGGCGCACAGCCAACUGGUUAGUUACGUGUCAAACAUCACAGCAGAAGUGACUCAAGAGUGUAUUCCUCAGCAGGGCUUUAUAGAAACCAGUGGAUAUAGAUAUAAUGCCUACAGCAGGAUCAGCUGAUUCAAUUUAACUUCCUCCACCUUGAAACCAAAGGGAUACACAAGCACAUAGCAUCUCAAGAUUCAUGAGAUUCAUGCUCUAAUUUAUACACUCAGCUUGGUAGUUGGAAAUGGAUUCUGCACAAGGUACGUCUCCUGAAGAACUUCAGUCUGUGCCAUCAUCAAGCUGGCCUCAUGUCUCAGAGAAGAACAAGACUCCCAAUGUGAGUUUGGUUGGAAUCCAAAAAUACAAAGCACAAGGUUUGGGACUGGAUAAAGCAGGAACAAGCUGGAGACAAAAUCAAGAUGAGGAGAUUUGGUCACUGGCAUAUUCAAAAUACAAAAUUGGAGGUUCAGUUGAAAGUAUAUUUUCAACGACUUCACUUCAGCAACCAGAAUGGUCAAUAUUAAAAUCUUCCAGGUCUCAAGAUGUGCUCAGUCAAACUUCAGCUUCUAGAUUUUUUCAGGAACCUGCAGAAGGACAGCCUGGUCAAAAGGGAAAUCCUGAUGUUGUUGAUGAUGUAGUGGGAGAUGAAGUUAUCUUUCCACCACUCUGGCAACAAUUAAACAAACAAAAGAAAGUGGAUUUUAACCUCAGCCAAUCAGAACAAGCAGAUUCAACAUACAUAGGCUCAACCCAAAUUAGUCUGGCUGGAACCAUAUUGACAACAUCACACUCCUUGCCAGAACAAGAGACUACAGAGACCAAUGAAAUUUCUCGACAAUCACCAACAGAGGAUAUAACAGAACAAGAUAAUCUAAACAAAGAGCAGACAGGCUCCUAUUUAUUUCAUUCAUAUCAGAAAAUAUAUGAGAACGACAUUUCUGGGAGGGAACAAGACUUUGAACAUGCUACGCACACACAACAUUCUUAUUCUUCCACUUCUGAAGAAACAGAGUCAGGCUCUUCACAGGGUGCGGAUUCCAAUGGAUCGCAGAAUAUCUCUGUGUCACUGCUAAAAUCAAUACUCAUGAAAAGGGAAGAGAAAAUAAAUGACCUUAGUAAAGAACUCAGGAGAAUACAAGCUGAAAAUCUGCGCUUGAAAGAAGAGAAACAACAUAUUCUUUCUGAAAACCUAACACUUAAAAAAGAACUGGAGACACUUGCAUUUGAUAAGAAGAGAAAACAACAGGACUUCCUUCAUACAUUUGACCCCAGUUCUCCAGCAUCCAUUCAGCAACAAAUAGUGAAUCUUAAGAACCAAAUCAGUGACCUGCAGGAAGCUAAUGAAAAUGCCGUCUUGGAACUAGCUAAAGCAGACGAGGAAAUUUCACAGGAAAAAAAAGCUGUUGCUAUACUCAAGGCAGAAUAUAACCAGAAAUUACAAGAUUCACAAGAAGAAAUAAAACUGCUGAAGCAAAAGAUUAGCUCAAUGUCAGCCACAUUUACCCAAGAGGAGAAUUAUGAGCCAGGCCUACACAAGGAAAUCUCCUAUCUGAGAAGUGAAUGUAGAAGACUAAGAAUCCACAAUCACCAACUCAAUGAAGAAAACCAUAGUCUGAAGGAAGAGUUGUGGGAUAUUAGAAGGCAACAUGAAUGUUUUGGGACAAGGGCAAGGCACACAGCAAGUGCUUGUGCAGAUAUAGAAGCAGAUAGACACUGGAUGGAUUCUUUGAAGAAUGAACUUCCCCAAAAAAGUUGGCACUCAAUGAAUGGCAGUUUUUACAGGAAUGAUGCCUUUAAACAUGAUGGAGCCUUUUCAAGAUGCAAAGCAGCCUUAGGUCCCAUGAACAUAAAAGAACCCUGGGAAAAGAACUUUGAGGAACGGGCUAAAACAACAGCUUCUCCAGUUUCACUGCACAGUAAUAACACAGACGUUCUAAUGAUGGGCUAUCAGGAAGAGACACCUUCCGUUCUUUCUGAAAUAGACAUCUAUGGUGGCAAAUAUGAUGAAAUCCAGGAGCUGAGUGAUGAUGACUUUAGUUAUAUCACUCAAAACAGGGCCAAUGUUCAUUGUGACUCUGCACAUCACAGCUAUUCUCCUGAAACCUUCUGUAAAACUACAAGCAGCACAAGACCUUCUGCAUCUGUAUUACCACGGCGGCCCUUCGCUCCAAAAAGUAUUUCUGAUUUGAAAGUGGGAAAUCUUGUGAAGUUCUCCCGACCAGCAGGAAAAAUAAGUAAAGGUACCAUCCAAUACAAAGGUCACCUUCCCGGCAGAGAAGAGGUUUACCUUGGAGUUGAACUUGAAGGCAGUGAGGUUGGAAAGCAUGAUGGGAUUUUUCAAGGAACACGCUUCUUUCUUUGUAAACCAAACAAAGGUGUGUUUGUCAACUUCAGUAAAGUUAUAAUGGCAUGGGAAUGAAAAUAUGAAAUAACAAGAUCAUUUGGAAGAGACUCUGCAAGAGGUGGCCAGCAACUGUGAACACUGUUACUAUGAAGAUGUCUGUGUAAACAUAACAUAACUAUUAUGGGUCUGUUUAAAUAAACAUUAGCUUUUAUGGAUCUGUGUUUUUUUUUUUUUGACAAAUGGGAAAAUAAUAUAAAGGAAUAUACUACAUGUGAAUUACCUACUAAAAAGGCAGUUUGAGAAAGACUGAAGUUGUUGGGAUUUUUUCAGUCUCAGAAAUAAUGUACUAUAGUGUAGUGCAGCGGUCUCCAACCUGUUUUGCACCACGGACCAGUUUUAAGCAAGACAACUGGGGAUGUCGAUUUGUGGGUGAAUUUCAGGCUUACCAAAUAAACUGUCCAAAUAGUAUUUUGGUCCUUAUCGUGAUCAGUAGAAAGCUUCCUGGGCUAUUUUUGAUUUUUUUUUAAUAGCAAUUGGGCUUUCUAAUCAGACUCAUGCUGGAAAAUGUAUUUACCCAAUGCACCAUAUCAGCAAAUGUAUUGAGAAAAGGCAGAUGAGGAAGUGAAAGGGAGUCACUGUUAACUAUGGGGCAUGUUUAUAAAGGUGUGUAAAAUGUUUUACACCUUUAAUUAAAUUUUUUUAUAGAAGGCUGUAUAUAAUGAAUGAUGUAGUUAUGAAGCUUUGAUGUCCUUAUAAUGACAUGACCGUGAAGCCAAUUCUUUAUAAACAGUUGCUCAGGUUAUUAAAUAAGUUAUUUUUUACACCAGACCAACUCCUGAAAUUAAGUUGUUAUUUGAAAUCACUUUAGACCAUGACCUAGUUAAAUCAAAGGAGAAAGAUCAGGUGUAAGAAUUGUUACUGCUGUCGCUUUUUUUGCCACAAAUUACUACUUCGAUUUAUUCAGUUACAAGACAUAUUGGGGCAAAUUCACUAAGAAUCGUAGUUGCGCCAGGCGUAGUUUCGCCAGCGCUUCGCAAAUUCACUAAAAUCCGAAGUUGCGCU